AUGUCAACAACCCGAUUUCUCCGACUCCUCACAACUCUUGCAAUGUCGUCAUCGUCUUCCUCGUCCUCUUGGUCAUGCAACAAAUGUACUUUCCUCAAUUCUCCGUCUCAGAAACUCAAGUGUAUGAUCUGCUUGACUCCCGUAUCUGUCCCUUCUUCCAUCUCAAUUUCCUCGAACAAUGAACCAAAAUGGGCGUGCAAAGGCUGCACUUUUUUGAACUCGUACAAGAACUCACUCUGCGAUAUCUGCGGCACGCGAUCGCCUUCGUCUUCUCUCCUGGGCUUUGACGAACUGACCGAUUCCGGUCUCGAAAAUAACAACAACAACAACCCUGAUUGCUCCGUCGGGUCUGUUUUCUUUCCUCUCCGGCGGUGUAGCAAGCGCAAGGCCAUGGAUGAUGACGUCAUCGAGGUUGAUGGUGGUUCUGUUGCUCGCUCUGAAUCGCUGGGUCUCAUGAAGAAGAACAAAGAGAUUGAUACGAAAGGGGUAGCUUCUGAAUCAGGAACACUUAUCUCUUGCUUGAAGAUCUUGAGCUACAAUGUUUGGUUCCGCGAAGAUCUUGAGUUGAAUCUUCGGAUGAAAGCGAUUGGCCACCUUAUCCAGCUCCAUUCUCCUCAUCUCAUAUGUUUUCAGGAAGUUACUCCUGAGAUAUAUGUUAUUUUCAGCAAGUCGAACUGGUGGAAAGCGUAUUCUUGUUCUGUCUCAUUCGAUGUGGCACAAUCAAGAGCCUACUUCUGCAUGCUGUUGAGCAAGGUGGGGGUGAAAUCUUUCAGCUGCAAAAGCUUUAGGAACUCGAUAAUGGGAAGAGAAUUAUCUGUUGCAGAGGUUGAAGUUCCGGGGAGAAAGCCACUUGUCCUGGCAACAAGCCAUCUCGAAAGUCCCUGUCCAGGUCCUCCAAAAUGGGACCAAAUGUUUAGCCAAGAACGCGUUGAACAAGCCAGAGAGGCGAUCGAGAUUCUCGGAGCUAAUACCAACGUGAUAUUCGGGGGAGACAUGAACUGGGAUGACAAGCUAGAUGGGAAGUUUCCUUUGCCAGACAAAUGGGUUGAUGUUUGGGAGGUUUUGAAACCAGGUGAUUCCGGUUUUACAUACGACACGAAAGCAAACCCAAUGCUGUCUGGUAACCGAACGUUGCAGAAACGGUUAGACCGGAUUUUGUGUCGUCUGGAUGAUUACAAGCUUGGCGGAAUCGAGAUGGUUGGGAAAGAGGCGAUUCCUGGUUUAUCCCAUGUGAAAGAGAAGAAGGUGAGGGGUGAGAUCAAGAAGUUAGAGCUUCCAGUGUUGCCUAGCGAUCAUUUCGGUCUUCUUUUAACCCUUUCGCCAAAAUGAGGUCAAACUAAUCGGAGCUCGAAGUUCCGUUUUCCCAUGUGGAGCUUCAGUGACGAAGGAUUAAAAAACUGUAUUUUUGGUGGUAUCUUGGUUUUAGUUUAGUAUUUUUUUUUUUUCUUUUACGGUAAGGCCUCAUUUCCUGAUUAGAACUGAAAGAUCAAUCUUAUGUCAAGGCGCCAGCUUUUGUAAUGAUGAUUAUGAGACUAAUCAAAUGUUAGACGAGAUAUGUAUGGUAUCACAGGGUCUGGUUUUA